AUGGAUAUGUCUACAGUAGAGGAAACACGACAAGUAUCUGGUAUUGAUCCUUUGCGAUUCCCAUCAAACAAACCGAUCGAUUCAAGUGAAUCUGUUCCUUUAUUUGCUGAUUGUGCUGGAAAAUCAUCUCCAGUAAACGUUGACGAUAGUACUGUGAAAGAAAUGGAUGAACCCAAUGCACGUCUUUUACCUAGAUCUCCAGCUAAAUAUGGCUACUUAGAACAUAUUCAAUCGUAUAAGCCAUCCUGCACGCCAAACGAUAAAUCUCUUCCAGAAAAAAUCAGACAAUUCUAUGCUGAUCAACUUGAAUUUAUCAAUUCUGUCGAAGCUAUCCUCUUGCCAAAGACUUUUGGUGAAGAAAUAAACCCGACGGAUUAUCAAAAGCAACAGGAACGCAAUAGUGAAAUACUGAGUAUGCUGACUCUAAUUACCAAUAUUUUUGUAGCGAUCAUUAAAACAGUGGCUGCUAUCAUGUCAAAAUCUCUCUCGGUGAUUUCCACACUCGUGGAUAGUGCUGUUGAUCUUUUGUUUAACAUCAUGUUGAUUUGGACAGCCCGAAAAAUCAAACGACAAGAUGCCUACAAAUAUCCUACAGGAAGAACACGCCUUGAACCGGUCACUAUUGUUAUUAUAUCUGUAAUCAUGUGCUCAGCUAGUAUCGAGGUGAUUCUUGAAAGCAGUAGAGCUUUAGCUCUAGAUAUCGAUUACUUUGCUAAUCCAUUCAAUGCAUCAUCUUGUAGAACACUUCAGCAUAUUGAUAUGAGCACAUUGCCAGUUAUCGCCAUGGUAUUCACAAUUGUGUCUAAAAUCAUUCUUUUUGCAUUGUGUUCUCGAAUCAACAAUCCAACGAUGUCCGCUCUGGCUGAAGACAACCGGAAUGAUGUGUUAUCAAAUUCUGUGGCACUUGUGUGCGGAGUUAUCGGUUCGAAUGCUCUGCAGCGAAGGAUCAGACAAGAAGCAAUUAUUGUUGAUCCAAUAGCAGCGAUCAUUAUUUCAAUUUACAUAAUAGUCGUUUGGAUUCGACAAGGCCACAAACAAGUUCGUCGGUUAACGGGUCUUACGGCAGAUCCGUUCUUUCUUCAACGAAUUACUCAUAUCAUCUACAACUUCCGUCCUGAUCUUGUGACACAAAUUAAAACUGUUCAAGCUGUUCAUCAUGGUACAGAUUUUAUUGUGGAAGUUGAGAUUAUUCUGUCCGGUUCAACGCCUCUCGCUAUUGCUCAUAAUGCCGGAGAGGAGCUACAAAGACAACUACAAAGAAUACCGCAUGUUGAAAGAGCUUUUGUCCAUCUCGAUUUUGAAAUUAUACACGUACCAACUUUGGAAGACAUAAUCGUUUGA